AUGAGACCCAGAUCUGGUUGGAAAGAUGUUCUGACUUCUCUGGCUCUCGAACUUUCAUUAUUGAGGUUCCUCAGUGCUGAACUAACAAGAGGGUACUUCCUUGAACAUAACGAGGCCAAGUAUACAGAGCGAAGAGAAAGAGUGUACACUUGUAUGCGAAUACCAAGAGAAUUGGAAAAGCUCAUGUUUUUUGGAAUUUUCCUGUGCCUCGAUGCCUUUCUGUAUGUGUUCACCCUGCUUCCUUUAAGAGUCUUCCUGGCGCUGUUCAGGCUCUUCACUCUGCCUUGCUAUGGCCUGCGGGACAGACGUUUGCUUCAACCUGCACAGGUGUGUGACAUUUUGAAGGGUGUCAUCUUGAUAAUCUGCUAUUUUAUGAUGCACUAUGUUGACUACUCCAUGAUGUACCACCUCAUAAGAGGACAGUCUGUCAUCAAGCUCUAUAUCAUCUACAACAUGCUGGAGGUAGCUGACCGUCUGUUCUCCUCAUUUGGACAAGAUAUCUUAGAUGCUCUCUACUGGACAGCAACAGAGCCUAAAGAAAGAAAAAGAGCACACAUCGGAGUCAUCCCUCACUUCUUCAUGGCUGUUCUCUAUGUCUUUCUACAUGCAAUUCUCAUAAUGGUUCAAGCAACGACACUCAAUGUGGCUUUCAACUCACAUAACAAGUCCCUGCUUACUAUCAUGAUGUCCAACAAUUUUGUUGAAAUUAAAGGAAGUGUUUUCAAGAAGUUUGAAAAGAACAAUCUCUUUCAGAUGUCAAAUAGUGAUAUUAAGGAACGAUUCACAAAUUAUGUGCUCUUGCUAAUAGUGUGCCUAAGAAACAUGGAACAGUUUUCUUGGAAUCCAGAUCAUCUGUGGGUCUUGUUUCCUGAUGUCUGUAUGGUGAUCGCAUCAGAAAUUGCUGUGGAUAUUGUAAAGCAUGCCUUUAUCACCAAAUUCAAUGACAUCACUGCAGAUGUCUACAGCGAAUAUAGAGCCAGCCUUGCUUUUGACCUUGUUAGCAGCCGGCAGAAAAAUGCAUAUACAGACUACAGUGACUCGGUAGCACGGAGGAUGGGAUUUAUUCCUCUCCCACUAGCUGUCUUACUCAUCAGAGUUGUAACAAGCUCAAUUAAAGUGCAAGGAAUCCUGUCCUAUGCCUGUGUCAUCCUCUUCUAUUUUGGGUUGAUCUCCCUGAAAGUACUUAACAGCAUUGUGCUGUUGGGCAAGUCAUGUCAAUAUGUGAAGGAAGCCAAGAUGGAAGAGAAGCUGUUUAAUCCUCCCCCAGCCAGCACUCCCGGCAAACCCUCCAGUAAAUCCCAGAGCAAGGGCAAGUCCACUCAAGGCCUUUCCACAGAAGAGAACCUGUCCACUUCCGCCACCAGCCAGCCUGUCCAUCAGAAAGAUAACGUCAUACCCUUACUUGUGACCAGCAAUUCCGAUCAGUUUCUGACAACCCCAGAUGGCGAUGAGAAGGACAUAACACAGGAGAACUCUGAAUUAAAACACAGAUCCUCAAAGAAAGAUUUGCUAGAGAUAGACAGGUUCACAAUCUGUGGGAACCGGAUUGACUGAGGUUGUGGCUGAUGAGGUGAAGAUGCCGGGCCCUGGGACCACAAAUGCUGGUCCGCCAGGACACACUUGCUAAAAAUGGCAUUUAAUAUUUAUUUAAAAACUUAAAUUAUUAAUGGCAAGCAAAUCUUAGUAUCUUUCUUCCAGUAAUGUGGCCUGGCAAAAGGGCAGAUCACGGAACAGCGCCGGCUCCUGGCCUCGACUGGAAUACUGAUGGAAGACAAAUACUUCCUCCUGCUUGGCCAACAGUAGCGGCGCUUCUGGCACCGAGCCAGAGACCGCAGGAGCUCCUUUGCUUCGUCAGCCUGGGCUUCCUGAAUGGUGGAUUUUCCUCAAGGCCUCGUCAGUAUAAGGACAUCCCUGGGAAACUGUGAAGCUUUUACCGUGGUUAUCUUUCCGGCCUCGUACAGUUUCACAAACUCUCUCCAAACUUGACUUCACCUGCCAAAGCACUAAAAAAAAUUAUUAAAUAUAAGUCCAGAUAAAUGUUCUUACCACCAGAGUCAUCCUUGGCAAUACAUCUGAACUAAUAAGCAAAAUAAAAGCCUACAUAAA